GGAGUUAAAAAAACCAGGGAAAACUCCGGGAGCAGGGAUGGGAGGGGGCACUCCGGAGCCCCCCGGGGCUGGGACCCUGCGGAGGGGCUCAGAUGUUCCAGGGGCGCAGGAUUAGAUUUGGUCUUUGCCAAAACAACAACAACAACAAAAAAUACAAAAUAGCCGACACAAACCUAUUUGAAUAAGGGAGGAAAAAAUAUAAAGAAGAAAGAAAAAAACCCCAACUCCUCUAUGUUUUUUGGGUUUUUUUUUUUUUCCCCAAGCAGCCGAGCCCAGCUCAUCAGCAGCUGAGGCAGGAGCAGGAGGGGUUUUGGAGUUAACUGCAUGCAGGAAAUCUCUCACAUCCUGAGUCCCAGCUCGCUCCUCUCGGUAACUGUAUAUUAUGGGGCUGCUCUCCAGCCCCAGCUGAUGAAAGUUUGUCUCCCUCAGUCUGGGCUGCGAUGUCAAAGCGCCUCCAGGCAGCGCAGCCGCGCUCCCCCCGUGCGCUGCCCCCGGCCCGGCUCCCCGCGCUGCUGCUGCUGCUGCUGCUGCUCGGCCCGGGCUGCCUGCUCUCGCCAUCGCCCCGCGGUGAGGAUGUGGGCAGCAGAGUGGAGUCCCCGAGGCUGCAGCUGUCGAAGGACCAGCCCAAAGAUUAUGAGAUAACAAUUCCCUUCCUUUUGAAUGGAGAGCAGUGGAGACCAGUGGAUGGCAUUUAUUCCAAGAACCACCCAGCACUGCUGCAGUUUGUAAUUCAAGCUGAAAAUAAACAUCUGGUCAUCGAUCUGGAGAGGAAUGAGGGCCUGCUGGCCAGAGGCUUCACAGAGACCCAUUAUCUGCAGGAUGGCACUGACGUGGUUCUCACACGCAACCUCACGGGUCACUGCUUUUACCAUGGCCAGGUCCAGGGCUUCCCCGGCUCCUCCGUCAGCCUCAGCGCCUGCUCAGGACUCAGGGGAAUUAUUGUGUUUGGAAACAACAGCUACAUUCUGGAGCCGUUGGAAGGUGCUACAAGCGAGCACAAGAUCUACCGAGCAGAGAACCUGAGAGCAGCCCCGGGGUCUUGUGGCCACCAGCUGGACAUCCCUGCCACAGGGGCUGCCACCACUGCCACAUCACAGCGUCCUCCAGCUGCCAGGUACAAGAGGGAGACUCUGAGGACAACCAAGUACGUGGAGCUUGUUAUUGUGGCAGAUAAUCGUGAGUUUCAGAGACAAGGCAAAGAUGUGGAAAAAAUCAAGCAGAGGCUGAUAGAAAUUGCAAACUACGUUGAUAAGUUCUACAGACCACUGAACAUCCGAGUGGCCCUGGUGGGAGUGGAGGUGUGGAAUGACAUGGACAAGUGCUCCAUCUCCCAGGACCCUUUCACCAGCCUGCAUGAGUUCCUGGACUGGAGGAAGCUCAAACUCCUACCUCGCAAAGCCCACGACAAUGCCCAGCUGAUCAGCGGGGUGUACUUCCAGGGGACCACCAUUGGCAUGGCUCCCAUCAUGAGCAUGUGCACAGCAGAGCAGUCUGGAGGGGUCGUCAUGGAUCACUCAGAAAACCCUCUGGGUGCAGCAGUGACACUGGCUCACGAGCUGGGGCACAAUUUUGGGAUGAACCACGACACACUGGAGAGGGGCUGCAACUGCAGGGCAUCCACUGAAAAAGGGGGCUGCAUCAUGAACCCCUCCACUGGCUACCCAUUCCCCAUGGUGUUCAGCAGCUGCAGCAGAAAGGACCUGGAGAACAGCCUGGAGAAGGGAGUGGGGAUGUGUCUCUUUAACCUGCCUGAGGUCAAGGAGUCCUUUGGUGGCCAGAAGUGUGGCAAUGGCUACGUGGAGGAUGGAGAGGAGUGUGACUGUGGGGAGCCUGAGGAAUGCACAAACCCGUGCUGCAAUGCAACCACCUGUGCCUUGAACCCAGGAGCAGUGUGUGCACAUGGGCUCUGCUGCGAGGACUGCCAGCUCAAACCAGCGGGGAUUUCUUGCAGAGAGUCCAGCAAUUCCUGUGAUCUGCCCGAGUUCUGCACGGGGGCCAGCCCGCAGUGCCCGGCCAACGUUUACCUGCACGACGGGCACGCGUGCCACGGCGUGGAUGGCUACUGCUACAAUGGCAUCUGCCAGACCCACGAGCAGCAGUGCAUCACCCUCUGGGGCCCAGGUGCAAAGCCUGCUCCUGGGAUCUGCUUUGAGAGAGUCAAUUCUGCCGGAGACCCUUACGGCAACUGCGGGAAAGACUCCAAGAGCUCCUUUGCCAAAUGUGAACCCAGGGACGCGAAGUGUGGAAAAAUCCAGUGUCAAGGAGGAGCAAACCGACCCAUCAUCGGUACCAAUGCAGUUUCCAUAGAAACCAACAUCCCACUCCAGGAGGGUGGCAAGAUCCUGUGCCGUGGCACCCACGUGUAUUUGGGGGAUGAUAUGCCUGACCCUGGGCUGGUGCUGGCAGGAACCAAGUGUGAAGAUGGAAAAAUUUGCCUGAACCGGCGGUGCCAGAACACCAGUGUUUUUGGAGUCCACAAAUGUGCCACCAAGUGCCAUGGGCGGGGGGUCUGCAACAACAAAAAGAACUGUCACUGCGAGGCUGACUGGGCCCCCCCCUUCUGUGACAAGCCAGGCUUUGGUGGCAGCGUGGACAGUGGGCCCAUCAGACAGGCAGACAAUAAGAGUUUGACCAUAGGAGUGUUGAUAACAAUCCUGUGCCUUAUCUUUGCUGGAUCAAUCAUGUACCUCAAAAGGAAGACUUUCAUGAGGUGGUUGUUUACAAGCAAGAAGACAACAAUAGAGAAAUUAAGGUCUGUGAGUCCAGCAAGACCUUCCAGUUCAUCUGAGCCAAAUCAUGUUCAUACCAUAUGUGUCAGUAAAAACCUCAUUGUGAAGCCACAAAAUACAGCCAUUCAGAAAAGGGAAGGCCCCAGGCGGCCGCUGCCGUAUCAGAUCAUCGACAUCAGUGACCCUGUGAAGACACACGAGGUGCCACCAUUAAAAACACCCCAGAGAGUCCUGCCACCCCUUCCCCAGCUUCCAGGCCACCAAGCUGGGCCUGAGAGACCCCUGCCAGCUAAUCCUUCACUGAGGUUCUCCCAGGAGCCGCCCAAGCCCAGCGCCCCUCGGAAGCCGCUCCCCGCGGACCCGCUGGGCCGAGCGCGCCGCGGCCCCGCCGGCCGGCCCCGGGCUCUGCCUCACGUCAGCCCUGCCAGACCUGCUCCCAAGCAUCCACCACAGGUAUCCAGGUCCAGCAACACUGUGGAUGUGAAAUGAGUAGAAAACCUGACACCUUUAUUUUAAAAAGUGAAGACAGAAGUUUGCACUAUCUUUCAACUCCAGCUGGAGUUCAUUUCUAUGACAAUACUUAGAAUUUUUAAUGUUUAAAACAGCAUUAUUUUUAAGAAUUCUGAGCUACUGCCUUUGGUGCUGUGCUGUGCUAUGGUGCUCUGUAUACUUGCUCAGGUACUUGUAAAUUAUUAAUUUAUGUUGAAUAUUUAUUACAGUGCAGUGCACUGUAGUAGAUAUUUUUACCAUAGCUGAGUUUUCCUAAAAAGGAAACUUUUUUUUUUGUAAUAUUUCACUGAACUUGAAUAAUUCUGCUCUGUUGGUCCUGUGUAGAUUUCUUAGUUUUGUUCUUUAAGGGGUGCUGAUACAGAUCAAUGAAAUGUGUAAACAGCUCCAUCUCAAUGGUCCUUACCCAACUUCUGAGUAAAUAUGGCAGGGUGAAAAGACAAAAUCUCUCCUGGAACUGGGUGAAAUGCCCAAGACCUGCACACGAGGUGUGGCCUGUGUGUAACCAAAGGCUCCCUCUGUUUCUGCAGCUGUACUGUAAUCUCCAUUUUCACGUUACUGUGUGAGAUCUCCCAGGAAUCUCUGUGCUGAAAGAGGAUGCAUCCACCUGGGAGAAGUCCUCUCACUGAAGAUGUACUGUAUAUCACCAAGCUGUGGUGCUUUUAACCUCAUUUUCCUCAAACACAGCCUGCUCAGUCCAUAUUAAUGCAGGUAUCAGGCCUCCCUGUGCCAUCUCCUUUUUGAUGCUUUGGUAAUUAAAUUCCACCAUCUCAUUGUUGUCCUGAUUAGACUGGCAGUGCAUUGCACCCAGGGCUGGGGGGAAGCCAAGAAUUACAUUUAAAAAUCAAUUUUUAUAUUAUUUCCUUUUGCCUCACUGCUCUGCUUAUCACCUGUAUUUUGCAUAUUUACUACUGUUUUGUAUUAAACUUCUACAACGUUGCUCCAGGUUUCUUAAUUCCCAAAUCAAAAUGUGUGUUUUAAUACAUAGACUUGGAUUAUCCAAAAAAAAAAAAAAAAGUUAAUCUCUGUUAUGUGAUUCCACCUGAUCUCUUCUGUGCCUUCUCAGUAGCACUGCUGAACGCAGUUUCACCUGUAAAAACAGCAAUUUUUAACUUUCAGUUGAAGCAGAGGGAGAAGGGACUGUCAUCUCUAAUGGUUUCCUCAUUGCUUGUGGUUUUUGUUUCCUUAAUCAAAAAUAAAAGCAUUGACAGAUACUCA